GUCUAGGUAUUGAUCUAAAAAAUCUGAAUAAUGUGAAAAAACUAAGGUAGAAGGUAAGCUACAGAUGAAUCAAGGAAACCUGCUAGAAGCUAUGAACUGCAGCACAGCAAUGGACUUCGCACGAGACUCGCGCGUCCUUAGAAGAUGCUUCGACGUCCAAGUAUGGCUGCGCGCUGUGAGUCGCCUCUUCUAUGUGUGAUCGAGGAUUUUCUUGCGAGUGAAGCAUGUGACUCGCUCCCUGGCUUGGCUAACGAUUACGGGACAGCAGAGAAGUCAUAUCUAAAAGCUAAACUUCCCGUAUUUGCCUACGCUCACGAUUCUAAUGAAGGCCAAAAAAAAGAAGAUGGGCUCUGAUACAACUACUACAUCGCACAGAUACUCUGAUAAUCUUCGAAAUCAUCACAAGAAAACGAGACGGAAAGUCUUCAAACUUCUGCUCAUGUUGUUCUCAAGCGAGCAAUUGUCAUCUGGUCAGCAGGGGUGGCGUAGCCAUGCAGGAUGCACAGCGAAACGACGAGUGGGCUUACCCUAAGUUAUGGAACAGAAAGAGCUGCAACCUCUUCAGGGAGAAGUCAUGUUGAAAAAUUAUGGCUAUCGCAGAUGCAUCCAUCUUCGACGCCAUCCUCGAUCUCUUUUUCAAGUAGGAGAAGAGACCAAGGAUGCUACGAGGGAUACGACGCGGCAGCUCUAAAAAUAGCUGCGUUUGUUGAGCCUGGCGCUCACCUAUUGCGAGAGCUGGAUAAGCGGGUUGCGCAAUUGCUCUACAACUGCCAACAAAGAAAUAAGCAAGGGGAUACGACUAAACAAGUUGUAGAGCAAAAGGAUAGGAAAGAGCAUCCUCAUGCUGUGGAAGAAGAAGAGGACGACUAUCUAUGCUUCAGCUUCUAUGUUGCAUGUGAUGUUGUAGGAGAAGAGGACGGCGACCACUAUACUUCAUCUAGGCCACAGUGGGACGGCCACGGCGCGUCGAAGACGUGGGGCGACAGCAUGAGUGAGCUGAAACUAGACCAAGGCGCCCGGCAAGUGCAUGCGACGCCAUCAGAGGAGAAAUCGGAAAAGAUGAUGAAUUUGGGCGUCCACGGCGACCUCAGUAAUCGAUAUUAUCGCUACGUCACUGUGCUAAUUUAUUUGUCGGACGAUUUAUUUACAGGAGGCCAGACGGUUUCUCUUUCUCCCGCCAUUGCUUCCUAAAUGCUUCGCUAAAGAUCGUGUUCGUACUGCUCUCCACGCUUUGGGCGUUUCGAACUUGCAUCACACGGGCAAUGCGCGUGGAAGUGAUGGCGAAGACCUACGCCCACCCGCGGAGGCGGUAGCCGACGAAUGUACGGUGCCACUCAUUGAGAAGAAAAAUGUAAUGAGAGAGACCAAGGCGAUGGAUGAGUGUUUUUUUGUAGACUUUCAAAGGGUAGAGUCUGUAGGCGUCUACUUGGCG